AUGUCGGAGAAGCUAACAAGGUACAUCGUGAUCACAUCAGCUUAUAACUUUAGCGGGCGCUGUGCAGUGCGCGAUGAAGCGAGCAAGUCGAUAGUUAUGGCAACUCAGAGCUUGUUCAGCGAGAAAGUGAAGAUCGAAGUGGAAGCGUCCACAAUCGACGAGCGGUAUGUUCACCUUCGCUUCAGCAGCUCCAACAGAUACUGGCGGAGAAAUCCAGACAACAACUUGAUCGUGGCUGAAUCCACCAAGCCGGUGGACGACCUCACCGACCCUUCCUCUACUUUGUUUGAGCAAAUAUCGGCCUCCAAGACGUUGUUCUACCUCCGCCACGUUCAGACCGGGCACCGCGUGGUCGGAGACGCUUCUGGCAGUCCAGACUCCACCCCUUUCCACGUGGCACCCGAUGCCGGACAAUAUGACGGCCUUCUAAAUUUUGUGAAUUGGAGCACGCUGGUUAAACUUCCUAGCCACGUCGCUUUCAAAGGCUUCAACGGAAGCUACCUCCAGGGCGUCUGGGCGGAGGACCACCAGUACUUGCAGUUCGCUGCCGAGGAUCGCAACAGCGAGGUUGCCGGCCACCGCGUCUUCCUCCAGCCCGACGGCUCUCUCCGGAUUAGAUCCGAUCAUUUCAGCAGGUAUUGGCAGUACCAGCAUGACUGGAUAUACGCGUCAAUCCCGGACCCUGGACACGAAACCAACACUAUGUUCUGGCCGGUGAGAGUGGACGGGGACACCAUCGCUCUUCGCUGCAACGCCAACAACAGGUUCUGCAAAAGCCUCGACUACGCAGGCAAGACGCGGUGCCUGAAUGCGGGGGCCGACACCAUCGUGAACGAGGCGAUGAUGACCGUAGAGGAACUCGUGAUGAACAGGACUAUUUCCCAGGUCAACAACAGGACUAGUCCCGAGUUCAAUUUGUAG